UGCUCAAAUAUAGACUUAUAGAGACCUAUUUCGUUUCAUCUUCGUGCUAAAAAUUAAUUUCUUAAUUUCAUACAUUUUAUAAGAGGAUACAACGGGCACAAUAAAAAGUGCUUUCAAAACAUUUGAACAGCGCACAGCGGGGAUUAGAAGGUUGUUUUCUUUAAAUAGGAGGGACAAUUGUUGGAAAUUCUGUGAGAAAAUAAAGAAAAGACCGUCGUCUUGCCCGUGCUCUCACACCCCUCCCUCCCUUACCAACACUGUGCGUAGUAAGUUAAUGUAUACCAACCAACCAACCAAUCAGAAAAAUAAUCAUACCUGAAAUUCCUCACGAAAGGAACGGAAAAUCAUAGUCGAAGUGUUUUCCAAUAAGAAUCUUAGAAACCUGCAAAACAAGAGCCCCCAGCAUUGAGUAAAAAUUCGGUGGGCCACAACAACAAUACAAUAAGAAACACCUUAGAGAGAAAUGUCAGAUAUGAAUAUUGACAGCAUUAUUUCAAGAUUAUUAGAAGUUCGCGGUGCUAGACCUGGUAAGAAUGUCCAGUUGUCAGAAAGUGAAAUUCGGGGAUUGUGCUUAAAGUCCAGGGAAAUAUUUUUGUCCCAACCUAUAUUGCUGGAGCUAGAGGCACCGCUUAAAAUAUGUGGUGACAUCCACGGCCAGUACUAUGAUUUGUUACGUUUGUUCGAGUAUGGUGGGUUCCCCCCAGAGUCUAACUACUUGUUUUUGGGGGACUACGUAGACCGCGGUAAACAGUCUUUGGAAACGAUAUGCUUAUUGUUGGCUUAUAAAAUCAAAUACUCGGAGAACUUCUUUUUGCUACGUGGUAAUCACGAAUGUGCAAGUAUUAACAGAAUUUAUGGUUUUUAUGAUGAGUGCAAAAGGCGUUACACAAUCAAGCUGUGGAAAACAUUUACAGAUUGCUUCAAUUGUCUACCGGUAGCUGCCAUUGUGGACGAGAAAAUAUUUUGUUGUCAUGGCGGUCUCAGCCCUGAUCUUACAACGAUGGAACAAAUAAGGCGUAUUAUGCGGCCAACAGAUGUUCCCGACCAAGGAUUGUUGUGUGAUUUGCUUUGGUCAGACCCUGACAAAGAUACAAUGGGUUGGGGCGAAAAUGACCGAGGCGUUAGCUUUACUUUUGGUGCCGAGAUUGUGGGAAAAUUUCUUCAGAAGCAUGAUUUUGACUUGAUCUGCCGUGCACAUCAAGUCGUUGAGGAUGGAUAUGAAUUCUUUGCCAAGAGGCAAUUGGUAACGUUAUUUUCCGCACCAAACUACUGUGGUGAAUUUGACAAUGCAGGUGCUAUGAUGUCGGUGGAUGACACUCUUAUGUGUUCAUUCCAAAUUUUGAAACCGGCUGACAAACGACGUUUUGUCUAUCCAACAUUCGGCAGCUCAGGGCGGCCCCUGACACCACCCAGGGGAGCCAACAAUAAAAACAAAAAGAAAUAAGUUCAAAGUUCAAAAUUCAGAUGUCAUGUUCAAACCUUACUACGUACCCUGUAUGGUUAAAUUUACUAAAGCAAAAUAUACACACCCGCAUUAUAGUAGAAACACAGACAAACACACACAUACAUUCAUUAUAGAGAAGAAAAAAAUACAUCCUCCGAAACCUUCUGUUCGUUCAAAUACUAGAGGUAUUUUAGUUUUGUCCGCAAAUGUUUGUAAAUUUGUCGUUUGGCUAACUAAAUUUGAAUGAUCAUAUGUCCAUAUUUUAGCCCCUUUCUUUUUCUCAUAAAGUUUACUUCUAUAUAGAAAUAUGUGUAUUGUAUAAUUCUUAAUUUUAGGAUAAUUUAUUAUUUGUUCUAUUUUGUUUUGUUUUUAUGUCUACUCCCGCCUAUUGUGAUUAAUUAUACCUUUCGCUUUUAAUCCACCACUUAGGUAUCGAGACACGGCGCAAUUAUUUUUUUUACAAUAUAAUUUAAUCACUUACACCAAAUACAAGUAAAAAUAAUAAAAUGAAGUAAACACAACAAAAAUAAAAGAUAAACCAUUCUUUAUAAAUUAAGAAGACAAGAAAAACGAAAAUAAAUUCAACCGAAUGCUACAAUAUUAUAUUUGAAA